CAACCGAAAGAACAUCCUUCAGUAGAUACUAUUCCAUUGGAAAGUGAUAAACAACCGAAAGAACAUCCUUCAGUAGAUAAAGUAACGGAUAAAGAUGAUAGUAAACGAAGUGCUACUAUUCUACAACGUUGGCAAGAGUAUAUUCAAGACGGUUGUAUUGAACAUUUUGAUGGGAGUAUAGAUGUUAUUGAAAUUGUACGAUAUCUUGGAACUGGUGGGAGUAGUUUAGUGUAUGAAGGACGAUAUGGAUCACAACAACUUCCUGUUGCCGUGAAGUGUUUUAUUAUUCCAGAUGGGAUGGAAUAUAAAGAUUACGUAAGGGAAUCCCUUACAAAUAUUGCUUUUUUUGUUUUUUUCAAUCAGUUAGAAGAGUGUGGUAUUAUUCGAGGAACAUGUGUGUAUGAUUUUCUUAUUAGCGAUAUACCUCCUAAAGGUAUGCCAGAAAAAGAUGUGCGUUUAUGCACUCGUCAAGAUAAGAAUAAUAAUAAUAUUGCUAAUGGAAAUGAUAACCAUCAUAAUAGUAUUAAACUUUGCUAUCUUGUGACUACCUUAAUGGAUGGUGUUAUUGGAAGAUUUUUAAAAGAAGGUGAGGAGGAUUAUGAUCCUUGUUAUGAUACCCUUAUCAAUUCACCAUUACGUGAUGGGGAAAUAUUUCAAUUCUUAUACACUCAACUUGUACUUCGUGCGUUAUUUGAUUAUACCGUUUUAGAUAUGAUGUUGAAUGGACAAUUGAGAGGUGAUAAUCUCGGGUAUACUUCUCUUAUUCACAACAAUAAUAAUAAUAAUAAUUUAUCCCCAUCUCGUGCGGUAUUACCUACCUAUAAAGGUAUAGUGAUAGUCUAUCAAUUAGAUCAUCAUACAUCUCCGCUUUAUUUACGAUUUCCAGCCGAUAUUUCAGAUUCCACAAAACUUGGACCCCUUCGAUUUAUUUGUUUUAUUGAUCUUGGUCAAGGUAAACAACCACAACUGCAGGAACUCACACAACGUGGUCUUAUUGGGGAAACAAUUGUGGAAUCUUGUAUUCAAGAUGAUGGUCUUGGUCGUUAUUGGCCUUCAGAUCGUAUUUACAGUAAAUAUAUAGAUACCCACGGAACAGUGGCGAAGGCGGCAGUGGAGUGGGGAGCGGGAUUAUGUAUAGAUUCUCCACAGAGUGCAGAGAAAGCUUUACGGGAAUUAUUUGAAUUAUAUGCACCGACGUAUGGAGUAGAGAAUCUAUCAGAAGAGGAAUUGGUGGAUUAUGUUGUCUUAACAUGGACUCCUACAAAUGUAGAGAGACUACAGAGGGAAUAUAUUUACCGUGCGAGUACAGGCUCUGAUGGAGUGUGUGGGUGUGAGGAGGGGUUAACUGUCAAUAGCAAUAGUGACAAGGGUGAAAAUGAAUGA